AAAUGUUCCAAAAUCUUUAUCAUAAAAAAUGUUUAAAGAUAGUUUUCUAUACUGAGGAGUGCCAUACUUAAGGAGUAUACAGGAAGUUUCUAAGAUUUUCGCUUCCACCAGGUGAAUGUUAUCGAUCCCCGGAAUGAUCAGUACAUAGCACAUCUCAUGGACUAUUUUCACAUAUGCCUCGAGAGCGUGCGAAGGCUGUCCGUUGGCAAAACGAAGCAUUUGAUGCUGAAAGCUUUGGCGGACACUCUGGGCGGUUACUUGCGGGUCUACAUCCUUCCCAUCACAAGGCACUCGUUUUAUGCUGGUAACAUCAAGUAUCGUAACGCGAAGAUGCUGUUCGAGCUCUUCGACGAGCUGAAGAUUUUCCUUCGAACCAACGGCGCCGGCUGGUCAAAGCCCAGCCAAGACUUUGCAAAUAUCAGGAUCUCUCCCAUCGUAAUUACACCGCCAAAAACAUCGGUUGCCUGUAAUGGGCUUAUCACGUAUUCGGCGUGUAAGCAUGCAAUUGUUAAUUCUUUGUGAUCCAAAGGAAUUUCGAAAGACAAAUGCAUAUUAAAUAUAUAUUACUUUUGUAUCUAAUUUUAUAAAAAAUAAGCGUUUUAUGAAAGCAAAAAGACAAAGACAUGAAUUUUUGUUAACUGCAAUAUCGAUUUGAAAAUCUAAUUGAAACUUGAAAACUAUAUUGUACAUAUUUUAAUUUGAGAUCGCGAAGAAUCAAUUUGAUAAUUGAUUGCUUUUUCCAUAAAUGAAAAUAGCUUUUAAAAAUGACGGUGAUGAAUAUCGAAGCUUCACGUUCAGAAAAAAGAAGCGAUCUACGAUGCGGAGACAUUCGAGACGUGCGGUCGAUGGUGAGAACGGUAAAACGAGUUUAGCUUUAAACGACAUUGGUACUAUUUUAGUAUUCCAUGUGGUUGACAUGCGAAUGAAAGCUAAGAACAGUACAACCAUUGCAAUCCAAAAAUAUAUAUUAAAGAUUGAAUAUUAUUUUUGUACAUAAAUUUAUAAUUACAUAACUAAAAUUCAGUUAACGUAGUUCUCUGUCCUGAAGAGACACUGUCAAAAUUAAAUUUCUAUAAUAAUAGGUGGCAUUUGAAAUUAAAAAUAAAUCAUGAUACAGAAUCGUUCAAUUAUCAUAGAUAAUGUUUUGUAAAUUUCACAUAAACAAUAAUCGUUUACAAUAUCUCUUCACAGAACAGAUAAUUACAUUAAUUGAAUUUUAGUUGAAUACUGUCAGUAUUAAAUUUUUAUAAGAGUAUCAGUACUGAUUAUUACUAGAUUUUUUAUUUUGCGAAGGCUACAGUAACGAAGCUACAACGGGCGGAGUCAUAAUACCCCUUCCGUUCCUCGAUAAUGAAGCAGAGCCUAACAGGUAGUUAUCGAGUGGCAAUUUGUAAGAAUGCCUUGGUGAUCGUCAAACAGCUUCAACACAUCACUCUUUAUCUAGCAUCGCGCUGCCCUUCAAAACUGACAGCCUGCAAUCACUAUAUUCGGAAAAAUCGGCUUUUGCCCUGGUGAAGUAUUACAUCGCCAGCGUGAAGUGCAUCACCUCGCGAUCGAGCACGAAAACACAACU